GUGAAAUGUUUUGAAUUAAAACUUUGUUUCAUUGUUUAGCUCUGAAAAUUCUGUAGUUAUAUAAAGAUAGAGUGAAAUGUCGUUCAACAAACACAUGGGACCUGGUCUGGCUCUUUUUCAAGGUGAAAUGAUCCUUAUGGACCAUGAGAACGUAGAGAUGGUGUUAAAGAAGUUUUCUCAUUCAUGUGAACAUUUAAAGGGACAGAAGAUUGGACAUGUUUAUCUCACUAACUUCAGGUUGUUAUUUGUGAGCAGCAAGAGCAAUGAUAUGUUGCGUGAACUUAGCAUGCCCUUUAAGAAUAUCAAGGACUUUGAAAUCAAACAACCUGUGUUUGGUGCAAAUUAUUUGCAGGGAAAACUAAAUGCUGAACCUGAUGGUGGAUGGCAAGGGUUUGGAAUAUUUGAGAUGACAUUUAAAAGUGGGGGCGCGAUUGAAGUUGGCCAAAAACUUGUGAAACUAGCUACCAAUCCCCCACAAAUGAUGUACCCAGCACCUCCAGUCAUGGUUUACCCCACUGCCUCAAUACCCGGCUACCAAGUACCUGGUUCAACCAAUGCUUAUGCCUUCCCUGCCCAAGCUUCAGCCCCACCACCUCCCAUGUACCAACCCCAGGCAGGGGCUUACCAACCCCCACCUUACCCACAGCAAGCCCCUUACCCCCCACAGUCAUCCCAACAAGCAAAAGCCAUGGAAGCCCAGCAAAGCACUUUGCCACCACAAUAUACUGAACAACAACAAGCCCCUCCUAAAUAUGAUGAAGCUAUGAAGAAAGAUCAGUAAACUGUUUUCGGGAUACAACAUAUGUACAUUAUACGGCUGUGUUAAUUAUUAUUUAAGGUACUGUUUAUUGCAUUGUGGUUCUAUGUGUGUAGAACUAAGUAACUAUUAUAUAUAAAUUUCUUUUUUAAAAUAAAGACAAUUGUUGUAAUUCAAUGUAAAUAUUCUUAUUUCUUUUAACUUAUAGUUUGUCGAAUUAUGAGUGCAAUGUUUUUUGUAUAUAAUAAAGUAUUGGAGUU